ACGAAUUAUUCUUAACAAGAUUAAAAGAAACAAAAUCAAUGAUUUGCGUUUAGAAGCGGCAACGGCAUCAGAACGGUUCGUAUGAUUGCCAACAUAUGGUCAGUUAAGGUGGGAGCCUCCCACACAAAGUUCGUCGACGACGUUUCUGGGACGUUGUGCUGUCGUUGGCCAAUAGUUUUGAACGCUGAGAGUAGUGUCCCCUAGACGACGCCCACCUCUGAAGCCAGCAGUUGGUCGAACCCUCGUCUUGCCAUUGGCUUGCCGAUUAAACCAUCCGCGCACAUCAAACAAACAUACGAAUUAUUUCGCGCUAACUUACGAUAUUACAACAGCAUCUCUCAUCUUUAAGCGGGCCUUGUCGCUGCUCGACAGAAAUGUAAGGUGUAUUCGCUUACCUGGAGUCAUGGCAGGCAGUCUGCUUUCCGUGGAUUUUGAGGUUUACGGCCAAGUUCAAGGUGUAUUAUUUCGUAAGCAUCUGCAAGAAAUGGCCAUGAACAACAACUGUGUUGGCUGGGUUCAGAAUACCAAACGUGGGACAGUGAUUGGACAGCUUCAAGGACCCCCUGAAAGUGUUAAAACCUUGAAGGACUGGCUUAAGAAAACUGGAAGUCCAAAGUCCCGUAUUGUGCGGUGCGUGUUCAAAAAUGAAAUUGAAAUUAAAAAACUUGAACAUUCAGAAUUUCUUGUCAUCAAAUGAUUUCGUCACAAAAUCCAAAAUGAUACUAGAAGAACUAAGUGAAACCAAACACUUUUUCUUGAUAAAAUCAAACAAGUUAAUUUUUUUAACUACAUAUUAUAAGUUGUUAUAUGUGAAUAUGUGGUUCAAGUUUUGAGAGAAUGUGUGUGAGCAAUAGAAAUGUUUGUUCCAGCAGACAUGCAUGUUAUAAAUGUUGGUAUGAGCAUCGGUGUAUGUGUGUGUGUAUGCGUGCAUGUGUGUGUGUGUGAGUGAAAGUGUAUGCUUGAGUGUAUGUACAUGUAUACAUGUGUCUGUGUGAGUGAGUGUAUACAUCCACAGUUGUAAACACUUAUGCAAAAACGUAUAAUAUACACAGAACAUUGUUAGUUAUGUAUGUAAUUAUAUGUAUAUUCAUGUCAGUGCAAGUGUAUGCAUGUAUGUAUGUGUAUAUAUAUAUAUAUUAUAUGUGUGUGUAUGUAUAUG